UUGUGCACCAUCUAUGACUAAUUGUUAAUUUGUAAACAAAUAUUUGACAGGUUUGCCUGGGCCUCCACUAACAGGGCUUCAAUAAUUAUUAUUACAAUAAUUUAAAAAAGUGAAAUUCUUAAAUUAUCAAAAUAAAUGGACAUAUUUCUUCAAGUUAGAGAAGGAACAACCAAGAUUUUUGCCUAGUGGAUGCCCAAAAUAUAGGCGUUUUCUCCAAGGGGUUUGAUUUUGAAGGCAAUCCCUAAAGAGCUGGUAUUUCAUUACUUGGCAAUUAUUGUAUUUUCUUUGAGGAUGGCUCCCCUUAAAUUUUUCAUGAAUAGUAGUUCCAACUCAGAUGUGAAGAAAAAACACUAUCUCUCUAGCAUGGUUGAGGAAGUUGAUGAUAUUGAGAUUUUUCAACAGGAAUACAUAUGUAAAAUACUCGAUAAUUUGAAUUCCAUGAGAAUUAAUGGCAAAUGCUGUGACCUGGAAAUCAUUGCUGGCAAAAAGUCCUUCAAGGUGCAUAAGGCAAUUUUAGCAGCCAGUAGUCCUUACUUUCAAGCUAUGUUCACUGGUGAAUUAUCAGAGAAAAAUAAAAAUGAGAUUGAACUGCAUGGUAUUUCAGCUGAAAUUUUUGAAGUCCUGCUUGAAUUUAUUUAUUCUGGUUCAGUUCAUAUCAAUCAAAAUAAUGUACAAGAUGUUUUUUUCGCUGGAGAUAUGUUGGGACUUACAGAUAUUGUUGAAAGCUGCACUAAGUUCCUAGUCAGGGAAUUGCAACCCCAAAAUGCUAUAGGAUUUUAUAGAUUCGCUGAUGAUCUGAAUGCCAAAGAACUCAAAUCAGAGUCUGAAAAAUACAUUCAACUGAAUUUCGUCAAAGUCAGUGGAGAGGAUGAAAUUUUACAACUAUCUAAAGAUCUACUGAUAAAAUUCAUAUCAACUGAAUACCUUAGAAUUGAUUCCGAGCAGCAAGUUUUUGAUUUUGCUCUGCGUUGGAUCAAUCAUGAUAUUGAGAACAGAAGGCAGUAUGUUUUUGAAAUAUUAAAGCACAUAAGGUUAUCCCUCAUUCCCCUUGAAAUUCUGAAGAAAACAUUCACGGAUUGCUCUGAUAGUAGCGUAAGGGUAGCACUCAAAUCGUUUUAUAAUGAUAUUCUGGAAAAAAAAUUCUGUUUAGUGUCAGGCAGUUCAGAACCUAGAGAAUGGGCUAAUAGAUAUAUUUAUGUACUUGGUGGAUCCAAAAGGGAAAUGAAAAGUUUUUUCGAAGCUGGACUCAUAGUGGAUUAUUUAGGAUUAGAAAAAUUUGAUAUAUCAGCCAAAAAGUGGAUACGUGUGCCAGAUAUGUCCAUUGACCGACUCAUGCCUGGGGUAGCCACACUUAAUGGCCAAAUUUAUGUGGUGGGGGGAGAAACAUACUCGUAUGUUUUAUCAAGUUGUGAGACAUACAAUCCGUUAACAAACCAAUGGAAUCAUGUUGCUAAUAUGCAUACACCAAGAUGCGACUUCGGACUUUGUGCCUUAGAUGGAUAUCUCUAUGCUGUGGGUGGUUGGGUAAAUGAUAAAGAGCCUAACAUGUGUGAUUCGAUUGAACGUUACGAUCCGAAAUCAGAUCAAUGGACGGUUAUAGGACAUUUAUCAGAACCUAGGUUCAGUAUGGGUCUGGUAUCCCAUGAUGAUCUCUUAUAUCUAGUGGGUGGUUGUUCAUCUAGCAGAAUUAUCUUGAAAGACUUGAAGAGUUACAACCCCGCUACAGGAGAAUGGAGGGAAUUACCUAGUAUGCGUACCCCCAGAUGGCAGAUGGGGGUGGCUGUUUUGGGAGAUUAUUUGUACGUAGUUGGAGGUUCUAAUAAAGAGGAGUAUCUUAAUUCUGUUGAACGAUAUGAUAUAAAACAGAAUAAAUGGGAUUUAAUACCUCCAAUGAACACAGCCAGAAGUGGAGCUGCUGUUGUAUCACUAAAUGGUCUUCUUUAUGUAAUUGGGGGAACUAGAACUCAUGCAUUAGAUUUUUAUAGGAUGCAGUGUACAAUUUCUUCAGUAGAGUCUUUCGAUCCGAUCACUAAUACUUGGUCGGAGUGUCCACCCUUAACAGAAUCGAGAGCUGAGGGACGAGCAGCUGUGAUAUAAUAUUAUUUUUUCAGCAGAUGUUGUGAUGUAUUUUUUUUAUAUUGUUACUGCCAAGUGCCAAUAUAUUUUCGCUAUGUGGCUAAGUUAACAAAUUGUAUGUUUGUUUGAAUUAACCAAACUAAUUUUAUGUCGCUUCCACUGUAUUUAUCAGAAUUUAGUUUGGACUCACGACAAAUAGUACAAAAAUGAACUCUUCUGACAGAGAAAAGAAUAUCAUAUUAACUGUAAUGAAUGUUUUGCAUUCACUAAUGUUUAGAAAUAUUUUUUAACAUAUUGUCAUUUUUUUUAAAUUUUUCAACAUGCAUGACAAUAGAUGAAUCUCUAUACA